AAUCCCAUUGCCGAGCAGCCCAGCGGCCACUCCCCAUAGCCCACGGUUCCGUAGCUUCUCGGCCUUCUCCUCCUCAGCUUCCUCCCUUUCCCUCUCCCUCUCUUCUGCCUCCUACUUCGAUCAAUCACGCGGCGGAUUCCAGUCGGGGGAAGGCCACGAGGUCGCGAUCGGGGCAAUGCAACGAGUCCUCCGCGCGGCGGCGGCGGCCGCCAGGCUCGCCCACGCGCCGGGCCACCGCGUGCCGAGGUGGGGCCCGGCGGCGGUGGCGAGGUGGCUCAGCGGAGGCAGGGAGGCGAUGAGCUACGACGUGGUGAUCGUGGGGGCGGGGCCCGCGGGGCUCGCCGCGGCCAUCCGGCUGAAGCAGCUCUGCCGCGCCGCCGACACCGACCUCUCCGUCUGCGUCCUCGAGAAGGGGUCCGAAGUAGGGGCUCAUGUAUUGUCGGGGAAUGUGUUCGAGCCACGAGCAUUGGAUGAGUUGAUCCCGAAGUGGAGGCAAUAUGAUGCCCCAAUCAGAGUCCCUGUCUCAUCUGACAAGUUCUGGCUGUUAACAAAGAAUAGGGCAUGGUCACUUCCAUCUCCUUUUGAUAACAAGGGAAACUAUGUGAUAAGCUUGAGCCAAUUGGUGCGAUGGAUGGCCAUCAAAGCUGAAGAAUUGGGUGUUGAAGUAUAUCCAGGUUUUGCUGCGAGUGAGAUCCUUUAUGAUGAAAAUCAAAAAGUUACAGGCGUCGCAACCAAUGAUGUUGGUAUUGCUAAAGAUGGUUCCAAAAGGGAAACUUAUCAGCCUGGUGUUGAAUUAAGAGGGAGGAUGACACUGUUGGCUGAGGGUUGCCGAGGUUCAUUAUCAGAGAAAAUAAUAAGAAACCACAAGCUCAGGGAGAGUGGGCAAGGCCAGCAUCAGACAUAUGCCCUCGGAAUUAAGGAGGUUUGGGAGAUUGAGGAAGGAAAGCAUAAGCCAGGUUCUGUGGUUCAUACCGUAGGGUGGCCUUUGGACUCAAAUACAUAUGGAGGAUCAUUUAUUUACCACCUUGAUAAUAGACAGUUAGCGAUCGGUCUGGUUGUUGCCUUGAAUUAUCGAAAUCCUUUCAUGAGUCCAUAUGAUGAAUUUCAGAAAUUCAAGCAACACCCUGCUAUCAGGAAAAUUUUGGAAGGUGGAACAGUUCUUCAGUAUGGCGCUCGUACUUUGAAUGAAGGUGGCUUUCAAUCAAUACCAAAUCCAGUUUUUCCUGGAGGUGCAAUUAUGGGAUGCUCUGCAGGGUUCCUUAAUGUUCCUAAAAUAAAAGGAACUCAUACAGCCAUGAAAUCAGGUAUGCUGGCUGCAGAAGCAACUUUCAAAGCUCUUACUGAAGGAUCUUCCAUGGAACUGUACUGGGAGAAUCUCAAGAAGUCAUGGAUAUGGGAAGAGCUCUAUAGGGCUCGGAAUUAUAGACCAGCAUUUAAAUAUGGAUUUGUUCCAGGCAUAGCCUUGUCUGCAGUGGAACGGUACAUAUUCAAAGGAAAGUCACCCUUUACACUAAAGCAUGGGAGACCUGACCAUGAAGCAACAGAUAUGGCUAGUUUGCACUCGCCUAUUCAAUAUCCAAAACCAGAUGGCCAAAUAUCCUUUGACGUUCCAACUUCAUUAUACAGGAGCAGCACAAACCAUGAGCAUGAUCAACCUCCGCAUCUCCGCUUGAGGGAUCCUACAGUCCCGGAGAGAGUAAACCUUCCUCUGUAUGCCGGACCGGAGUCACGUUAUUGUCCAGCUCGAGUUUACGAGUAUGUCUCUGACGAUAAAGGUGACCAGAAGCUUCACAUAAAUGCCCAAAAUUGCCUUCAUUGCAAGGCUUGUGACAUUAAAGAUCCAAAGCAAAACAUCGAAUGGACCGUUCCAGAAGGUGGAGGCGGCCCUGGCUACACAGUAAUGUAGACAUUAGCGAAAUAUUGUGCUUGAUACCAUGAAAACAUAAACCGAGGUAAUAAAAUGUCAUCAUGUAUUUGUGUAGAAUGUGUGAUACAUAAACCAAGGUAAUAAAAUGUCAUGAUGUAUUCUUCUA